AUGGGUUGGUUUAAUAAAGAAGACUCGACAACCGAGGACCUUGACGAGACGCUGAAGGCUGAGUUGGCUGCCCUGCAACCCAACGAUGCUGAACGUGCCCGACUGCAUGCCAUCAGCCUCCUUCUGCUCCUCCUAAGCCUGUUUGUCGGCCUUCCACUCUGGUGGAUGACCACUACCCCUGAACAGCACUCCCUGCCUGAAGAUAUGAUCUCUCAACUUGCCCAUCAGAGGAUUACCAUCAGUCUUGAUGUACGAACCCCGCCCUCGCACUAUGCGCACCUCUUUCAUAUUCUUCUCUUCUCCUUUUUUGUGCAUUCUUCUUGUUGUUGUUAA